AUGUAAUUGGAUUUACAUAAAGAAAGGUAAUAAUCAAAUGAAAAUUCAUAAUAAGCUAAAGUUGCAGAAGCUUUCUAAUAAUUAGUACAAUAUAUGAAUGAAUUAACUGACAUUGUUAAUAAAAUUAAAUUAAAAAAUGAAGCUGAGUUUAUUAUUGCUUAUCAGAGUCAUAUGAAAAAAAUAAAAGCAGAAUUAAAAGAAUUACGAUAUAAAACAGAAAUACAAUAAAGUAUUCAAACUUAAAAUAAAGGGAAAAUUUUAAAUAAUGAAAACGAAUUGGUAACAUAUAAUUAAUUAAUAAGGUUUAUUUUAGAGAUGAAUGUUUAAAAUUAUACUAAAAAGUUGAAUUGAAAAAUAAAGAAAAUUAUGAGUUAAAGUUUAAAUUAGCAGAGCUUUAAAAAACUAAUGAUUUUUUAGAAUAAUAAAUUAAAUCAUUAAUGAAAAAGCUUAAAUUAUAAGAGAUUGAUAAAGAAUAAUUCUAAAUUGCAUAAUUAGAUUAGACAUUUUGUACAACUACUCCUGCUAAUUAACAAAGUAUUAUCAUUAUAAAUUUUAAAUAAAGAAUCUAACAGAAAAAGGUUUACUGAUUAUCAUUCAAAGGUUGAUUUGAAUUCAUCUCUAUCCAAACAUCAUUAUUCUUCUAUUAAAGAUAUGUUUCCAAAUGAUGAGUUGAUUAAAGAAAAUUUUAAAUCUGAUGAAAUUAUUGAAAAAAUCACAAAGUAUUAUAAUUUUUAUAUUUUUCAUAGAUAUGUUACCAUUAUUGAAUAAAAAUAUUAAAAUUAAACUAAAAUCCUAAAAGAAAAAGUCUAGAAACUUCUAAUAUCUUAAAAUAAGAAAAGCAUUAUUAGGAGUGAUUUAGAAUAUUUUUUUUUAGAAUGUAUUGAUGCUGUAAGAAGAGAAAUUUUUAAAAAAAGACCCUUAGGAAAUUUUUAAUAAUAACAAUCUUAUUUGGAUUCAAUAUAAGAUUUUUAAUAGUUCUAUAAAGAAGAUAAAAUCAAAAUUUUAGAAUUAGUAGUUAGUAAUGAAAAAUUAUUAGUCUUUAUAUACUAAAAACUAUUUCCGAAUCAUGUGAAUUUAGUAUUAUAAUCUAUUAAGGAAGAUGUAAAUCUCAAUACCUUCUUAUAUUAAAAUACUAAAAAUUUGAUCAAAAUUAAUAAUAUUAAUGAAGAUAAUCUACAUAAAAUUAAUCUAGUAACUGAUUAUAAAGUUGAAGCUCCAAAAUCCACAAGAGAGGUUAGGUCAGUUUCUCUAAAUAAAUAAUUAGAAGUAAAAAAAGGAAAAAUAUUAUUUAAAUAAUAUUGA